CCACCCCUUCUCUCUGUUUAGAAUGGCCGCGAUGUAGUAAAACAUGUAACGGGGAGAGGUGAAAAGUCUCAAAUGCUGUUUUUUUUUUCCUUUUUCUUUCUGUAGUUUUAGUUUUUUCGUGAUGUUGCUAAGUGUCCUUUUUAACUCCUUUUCUUUUCUGAUUUAAUUAAACGCCCCAUCGCACAACUUCGGCAGCAAACAUUGUUUUUAAACAUGGUUUUACUACCAGAAGAUGCAGCAAUGACUCUUGCAGAAUUGCGACAGAUGGCUGCAAGGCAGCAACAUCAAAUUGAAGCACAGCAACAACUUUUAGUAGCCAAAGAGCAAAGGCUAAAAUUUUUAAAACAGCAAGAAGCUCGUCAUCACAAUUUGGCUGAGCAUCAGUUAGAUCCUGCUUGCUUACAGAAUCUUCGAGAUAAAAUUGAUACCCAAGAGCAUAAACUUCGACAGCUAAGAGCAUUGCGUGGGCAAGUGGAACAACAGAAAACAAACAAUGAUAAUCUGGGUACAGAACUCGAUUCUAUUCGAGCAUUGUUUUGUGAAAAAGAAAAGGAAUUAAACCUUGCUGUGAAUAAAGUUGAUGAACUAACCAGGCAGCUAGAUGAAAUUCGAAAUAAUAAAAAUCGAAAAAAUUGUAUGGUGUCAUCUACUGCAUCAGAACUUGAAAACUUAAGAAGAGAACUACUGUAUCGAACAAAGCUAUCUGAACAGCAAAACAACUAUAUUUGUCAACAAAGAGAAGAUAUAGCUCUUCGGCAAAAGGACAUUUCCAUUUUAGACAAGAAAAUCAAUGAGCUUACUCAACGCCUUCACCGCAAGCGCCUCUUAAAUGAACAACUUGCUUCCCAAAUUCACAAUGCUGCCUUAUCAAGAAAUUACAGUGGAUCUGUUGUUAACAAUGGCUUUUAUCAUGCUACUAAUGUUGUUGCUGUAGAACCCUUACCUAGAGAAUCUCUUGAAACAGAGCAUGCUCGCGAUGAUAUGUCUGCCAAACUUCAUGGUUCCCAUAAAGGUGACCUUGGAGAAUUUGGUUUGAAUAAGAAUGACCCAAAAUAUCAGACUUUGCCUUACAAUACCAAGUUUACUUCUUUGAAAGGGAAAUGCGAUGAUUCUUUGUCUUCUUCAACAGAAGAUGAUUCGUGGCCUAACAGUUUAGAUUCUUCGUCUUCUACUAAGAAAAAUCCUACACCAUUAUCCAUUGUGAAACCAACUUCAAAUAUGUGCAAUCUAACACCUAGACCAUUCAAUAAUGCAUAUAACACCAAUAACUCUGUGGCAAAAGCAUCAAUCCAGCAACCAUCUGUAAAAAGUGAAGAUUUAUCAACUUUGGAUAAAGAUGCUAGUACUGAUUCUAGUACUAAAGAGAAUCUUGAUUUGAAGAAACAAAAUCAUUCGAAUAUCAUUGUCUCAUCUCAGCAUCCUGUUCCCCAGCCAUCCAUAACCACACCACCUGUACCUGAAAAGCCUGUAGAAAAGCCAAAGCCUGUUAAUUCACGCAGUGCUAAACCUGUGGUACCACCUAAACCAGCAUUACCUGUAAAGCCUAUGAUUUCUAAUCGACAAACUGCUUCUUCUAAAGAAAAUGAGGAAGAGGAAAAGGAUCUAGUGAAUGUAGCUUUAUCUGUGCUUCAAAAUAAAUCUUCCAAAAGCGACAAGAGUGCAACAAGCAACUACAGAGAACGAUUGCUGUAUUACCAAUGUGUUCCUAGGUACCAUCAAGCUAAAGAUACUAAAAACAACCCGACUCCAGCAAAGAGUAAAAUCGCUACAUAUUUUCAAAAGUCAUCUAUAAAUAAAGAUUCAAAUUCACAUCAAGAUUAUCAGAAGAAAGAAACUUCUGAACCGUCAGAAAUUCCUAAGAGGAAACCUUCAAUGGGGCAACUACCUAUCAAACCCAAACCUUUAACAAUAAGAAAAACACCUGGUUUGGAACCACCUAAACUAAAAGUUCAACCUGUAGUAAAUACUAAUUUCCAUCGUAAAUCUUCUGAUUCAAAUCUUACCAGUCACUUUAAAGCAUCCUAUCUUCCUCAUCCAUCAGAAGAAAUCCCACCAUCUAGAACUCUUAAGUCCCUCGAAUCCAGUGAUAAAGAAGGAUCUGUCCCAGUUUUAGAAGUUGCUCCUUUAAAAAAGGAGUCUGAAGAUCUCCCUGAACAGGUGGCAGCUAAAACUGAAACAGAUGUUUGGGUUAAACAGGAAUCACCUGUUGAGCAUAAAGAAGAACUUGUGGAUAACUGUGAUGAAACAGACUUGUAUGAAUCUCAACCAGAUUCUGAAAAACCUGAACCAGCAACCGAAACUGUAGGUGAAAAUGAAUCUGAUGACGAAAAAUUUCACAGUGCCGCUCUUAGAAGAAUGCGUAAAGGAAAUUUGAAAGGAGAAAACUCUUCUCGUGGUUGUCGAAGAGUCAGUUUUGACCCACUGGCUCUACUUUUGGAUGCUGCUCUUGAGGGUGAAUUGGAGUUGGUCAAGAAAACAGCUAAUGAAGUUCCUAAUCCAAGUGCUGCUAAUGAUGAAGGAAUAACAGCCCUUCACAAUGCUAUCUGUGCUGGACAUGUUGAUGUUGUGACUUUUCUUGUCGAAUUUGGUUGUGAUGUCAAUGCUCAAGACAGUGAUGGAUGGACUCCUCUUCAUUGUGCUGCUUCCUGUAACAAUUUACCAAUGGUGAAGUUUUUAGUUGAAAGAGGUGCUUGCAUCUUUGCCACUACACUAAGUGAUCAUGAAACAGCUGCUGAGAAAUGUGAAGAAGAUGAGGAAGGAUUUGAUGGAUGUUCCGAGUAUCUAUAUAGCUUACAAGAAAAUUUGGGUGUCAUGAACAAUGGCAUUGUGUAUGCUGUAUAUGAUUAUGAAGGACAGAAUGCCGAUGAAUUGAGUUUUAAAGAUGGAGACAUGCUAACUGUUCUCAGGAAAGGAGAUGAUGAAGAAAGUGAGUGGUGGUGGUCUCGUCUUCAUGAUGAAGAGGGAUAUGUACCAAGGAAUCUUUUAGGGCUCUAUCCACGAGUGACAAGCAGAAAGCAACAAGAAUCUACCAAACCUGAUGAAUGAAAUAAAAUACUCCCACCUUUUUUCCGAAAGAAUCUCAAAACCCCCUGCCACAUCCUAUCUACCUAAUGAAGGGAUUUUAGGAUAUUAAGUGAGAAAUACUACACUUGGUGAAGAAUCUCAGUGCCUUUUUUUUUUAAGUGCCAUGGCCUUUUGCCAUAUUGUUUAGGAGGGGGGUAUAUAUAAAGUGCCAAAAAAAAAAAAAGUGCUGCUAUUUGCCAUAUCAUUUUACAGCCUUCCAGCCGUCCUUUUUUUACAUAAUUAAUGAUGCACAUGAUCAUAUUCAUGCAUAUUUUGUGAAAGUUUUAAAUCGAAUUGCAUCUAGUUGUGUUCUAACACGUUGUGCCGAAUCUUUUUACUAGCGACACAAAUUAUAUUUUAGAAAAAUGCAUUUUUUUGUAGUCAGUGAAUUUUGCCUUAUCAAUCUUUCCAAAAUUUGGGAAAUCUAUGCCUUCAUGUACAUUUUGCACCUAAGGUGAAAUUGAUAUGUUUUGUGCUAUAUCUAAUUAUUGACAAAAGGAGUGCCUUUUUUUUAAAAAAAAAAAUCUCCCGACUCAGUUGGAAUGCCAUGUAUAAUAAAGUGCCUGAUCUUAUAUACAGAUGAUUAAUAAAGUUGUUUUGCAUCUGA